UCGCCGCCACCCUCUUUCGUCGCUUCUUCACACCCACAAACACACACAAAUACUCCAACACACGCACGAUAGACUCCCACUACCUAGAUUCAAGGCCUCUUCGCCCACGUCAAACCUAGCAGCCUACUGUCUUUAGGUCGGCAUCGGAUCGAUUCACCCGUCUGACCGAGGCGACGAGACUGCUGUUUCGCUCCUUUGGCGCACAUCGCGACGAACGAAAGCCGCCCUCGACCGAACCCGCGCGCAUCCUGCGAGUGUCCCGAUAAUCUGCGCAAGGUCCCUCGGAUAUCGCACUCAUACCAGUGGUUGAGGCUCCUAAACAGCCAUGGGCAAAUCUCAGUCCAAGCUCUCCCAGGAGCAGCUAGCCGAACUGCAGAAGUCGACUCAUUUCGACAAGAAGGAGCUCCAGCAAUGGUACAAGGGCUUCCUCAAGGACUGCCCCUCGGGCAUGCUCACCAAAGAAGAGUUCCAGAAGAUAUAUAGGCAGUUCUUCCCCUUCGGAGACCCGAGUUCGUUUGCAGAUUAUGUCUUCAACGUAUUCGACAGCGACAAGUCCGGUAGUAUCGACUUUAAGGAAUUCAUCUGCGCCCUGAGUGUUACGAGCCGAGGCAAGAUGGAGGACAAGCUCGACUGGGCAUUCCAGCUGUAUGACAUUGACGGGGAUGGAAAAAUCAGCUACGAUGAGAUGCUCAAAAUUGUCGAGGCAAUCUACAAGAUGGUCGGCUCCAUGGUUAAGCUCCCUGAAGACGAAGAUACCCCCGAGAAGCGGGUACGUAAGAUCUUUCGCAUGAUGGACAAGGACGAGAACGGCAGUCUGGACAUGGAGGAGUUUAAAGAGGGCAGCAAACGAGACGAGACCAUUGUCUCGGCGCUAUCCCUCUACGAUGGCCUGGUGUAAAUGAUGGGGGAGCGGCAAAAGGGACGAAGAUUCCCCUGUCAAAGCCCCUCGUGUCUGUUUUCAUGGUUCUCUGUUUUUGGGCAAGGCGAGUUGCGCGCAGUGGUCAAGGUGCGACUUUUUAUUAUUACGAGGGCUAGCAGGAAUGGGAUGACAAUGAU